AUGGAUCUUCUCGAUAAAUACAUGGGAGUCAGCGCCCCGAAGCCCCCAGGGCAGUCUUCUGGAGCAUCGUCGUCAGGUCGAGGAGGUCCUCCGUCAUCAGUAUAUCGUACAAAUGUUUGGGGAGAUCAGAGACGAGGUGCACCGCCAUCAUCAUCAGGAUCCCGUCCACCUCCAUCUUCCCACUCAUCAGAGUCACGUCCCCCAUCAUCUUACUCAUCUGCAUCACGACCACCACACUCUUCAUCAGAUUCACGUUCACACCAAUCAUCCUACUCAUCUUCUUCAGGAUCCCGUCCACCGCAAUCCUCAUCAGGAUCACGUCCAUCACCUGGAAUCUCAUUUUCAACUCCAGAAAGCCGAAUGAAGAAGAGAGAGUACGAUGAUUGUGGAAGCGAAUACGAUUCCAAAGUGAAGAGGGAGAGAAAAUAUGAAUCUCAACACAGUUCAUCCAGCGAGAGAAAGUAUGACACUCAACACAUUCCAUCUGGAUCUGAUCGUCACAAGGAUUCGUUCUCUCCAAUUACCAACAUUCCAGUACGCAUGAACUCCUGGAGACUCGACAUCACAGAAAUGGACGAAGUCAUACAGAAAGUCAUGUUCAAGACAUUGAUGAUCAUGUCGAAUGGAAAGAGUUUCGACUUGGCCGAUGGAAUUGUCGCCGUGUCUGGAGACGUCAAUCGCCAAGUCAGACGUCGAGCGUUGUGCCUCAUCUUCGAGUAUUGGUUCAGACAAAAUCCGCACCUGUUCAAUGGAAACAAAAAUCCCUCAGUGGCUGCAUACGAUGCGGCAGAGACAUUCUAUGUCGGAUUGAGCAACAUGCCAAAUGAAAUUACUGAGCAGAAAAGCAUUUUGUCGGAGAGUGACUUCAGCAUGGAAGAUUGGGAGGUUGUGAGCCGCAUCUUCAGACGACCUGACACAAAGUUCGAAAUCACUGUCAAGUCUACCGGACGACUCUACACACGUGGACCAAAUGCUCUCUCAAUUGACAACCGAUCGGAGCUGACUCGUUGUCUGGAGUGUGUGACCGAUCAGAUCGUGCACACCAACGACUACCUACUCUACAACACUGGAAUUUACUCUUUGAAAGGAGGAGCUCUGUCGGAACCAGAUGGUGUCACCGAGAUCAAAUCUGGAUUCUCGAAGGUUACCAAAGUGAUCACGGGAGAUGACGACACGAAGCCACAAGCCGUGAUGACUGUCGACACUGCACAAUCCGCGUUCUUCAAGUCUACAUCAAUGCUCAAAUUCUUCCACGCUAAGAUUGAAGAGGCUAACGGAAGAGGUGGAGGUGGCCGAGGUGGUCGUGGUGGUCGCGGAGGACGUGGAAACUUUGGAGGAGGUGGACGUGGUGGAUACGGUGGAUACGGUGGAGAUCGUGGUGGAGGAUACGGUGGCGGUCGUGGUGGAGGAUACGGUGGCGGUCGUGACAGCUAUGGAGGAGGCCGUGAAAAUUAUGGAGGCAACCGAGAUGGCCACCGAGGGGAUCGUGAUAGAUAUCGUGAUGAUCGUCGUGAUGAUCGUCGCGAUGACAGACGUGAUGACAGACGUGAUGACAGACGUGAUGAUCGACGUGACGAUCGUCGUCAGAACGACGACAGAAUUCGUCAUCGCCACGAAAUUGACUACGAUGAUGAAGCUAUCAAAAAGUUGGAGGAAGACUUCAAGAAUGGACGAAUCACUAACAAAAUGUUGGACAAUAUCAGUCGUGCUCUCAAAGGACUCGAGUGUAUUCCAACACACUUGAAGAACGUCAAAGCAAACCGAGGACUCAUUAUUGAUUCUGUCGCUGACGAAUCUGCAAUUUCUGCACGAUUCGACAAAGAGGUUAAGGGGAAAAUGACUUCAGUCACAGUUCAUAGCCACUUCUUGGAUACGCACGGCUUGACCAUCAAAUACCCGAACCUUCCACUCAUCGUCUCAAAAAGGAGAAAGGAAGUGAACUUUUUCCCAAUGGAAUACCUCUUCAUUGUUCCGGGACAACGUAUCAAGCAGCAAAAGAUGACACCAGAUAUCCAGCAACACAUGACUGGUCAGAACAGCUCCCUCCCACUACAACACAUUCGACAGAGUGAGACAAUUCUUCGGGAUUAUCUCAAAAUGAAUGGAGGAAACCGAUAUUUGGACUCAUUCAAAAUCAAGCUUCAGAGCAAAGAGCCAAUCAAAAUGUCUGCUCAACUCCUCGCUCCUCCGUAUAUCAAGUUCAAUCAAUCACAAGCGAUACGUUUGGAAGGAAAGGGAGUUCGAUUCCCAACAAAUGACAGAACGACUUUUGUGAAGCCGGCCGAGCUGAAAAGGUUGCUCAUUGUCAGCUUUGACUACAAUUUCAGAGGAAUGGAUAUGUUCGAAGAAUGCCUGAACAGACAAUUCCAAUUGCAAGGAAUACGUAAAGAUCGGGAUUACAAGUGUAUCAAACAGCAACAGGAUGUAAAUGACGGUGAAGGCAUAUAUAGACUGAUGAAGAAUGCGAAGAAAGAUAAAGUCACGUUGGUCAUCGCAAUAUGUGCAGAGAAGAAGCCAGAGGUUCACGAUACCCUCAAGUAUUACGAAGAGAAACUCGGUCAAGUAACUCUUCAACUCUCCACGGAGACCUGUGACAAGAUGUCACGAGGUGGUGGAAAUAAGCAGACAGUCGAUAAUGUGCUCCGCAAGCUCAACAACAAGUGUGGAGGCACCAACUUCUUUGUCGAAGUUCCAGAACAGUACCAGGGGAAGUCUGUGUGCAGAAAUGCAGCAGAGAUGACUGGAAAGCUGUUCGAAGACACACAGUUUAUCGGAUUCGAGUUGUCACACACCGGAGCUCGAACCAAGUUCGAACAACAAAGAGCGAUUCUCGAUGGAGAUCCGACGUGUGUUGGAGUGUGCUAUACUCUCAAACGGUCGACUGAAAUCGGAGGAUUCUCGUAUUACCAAGAUACGCGAGUCCAUAAAUUACUGCAUCUCAAAGAGCACUUCAAAACAUGCAUCAGCGAAUACAAACACGCUGCUGGCAAACUUCCAAAGACGAUUGUCAUCUAUCGUGUCGGAUCAGGAGAAGGAGAUUAUGAGAAGAUUCGCCUGGAAGUCGAAGAGAUGAGAGAGGCUGCCGGAAGGUACGAGAAGGGAUACAAUCCAAAGUUCCUCGUCGUUCUCUCACAAAAAAAUUCCCAUGUUCGCAUCUUUCCGGAUCAAAUCAGAGAAGGAGGAAAGGCGAUCGAACAGAAUGUUCAGUCGGGAACAUGUGUCGACUCAUUCGGAUCUGCUCACGGGCUCAUGGAGUUUAUUUUGUGUUGCCAGACUCCAAUGAUCGGAACCGUCCGUCCGACCCGCUACACUGUCAUCGUCAACGAUACAGACUGGACCAAGAAUGAGUUGAUGAACGCCACCUACUAUUUGUCGUUCGGACACCAAGUCUCAUACGCACCACCUGCCGUUCCGAACGUUCUCUAUGGAGCUACAAAUAUGGCGAAACGUGGCCACAACAACUACAAAACUUUCACCCGAAUCGGUGAGAUGAAGGAUGUCGUCCAAAGAGUCAUGGACUCUCACAGGGACGUCAUCGACCCAUCGGAGAUGAACGACCUCGUCACAACUGAUUGUAUUGAUGACAUCUCGAAGAUGGUCAACCAGAUGACCAUUCCAGGUCGCAACUUCUGGGCCUAA